AUUUUCUAUUGCACCUCCUUGAGUUCAAUCACAGCUAUGGACGAGCUAUACUCCAGAGGUUCAAAGAUUCGUACUUCGUUUGAAACCAAAGGCAUCUUAGAACCACAUAUUCUCACUGGGGAGAGUUCAUCAAGCAGAGAACUACUUGGAAUCAAAGAAAUUGUAGCCUCACUCAAAGUGAAACCUGUGCUCAGUAAGGAAGAAUUGGCGGAUAAAGAUAGUUCAAUUUUCAAGCUCAAACAAAUCAUUGAAAAACUCCAGCCUCUGGACAAAAAAAUCUCUGAACUCAAGAAUGCUCAUCUGCAAGAAGAUGCAAAUCAAAUGCUGGAAAAAGAACCCAAGCAAUGGCAAGAAAAAAUUGAAAAAGCAGUUGAUCAUCUUUUGGUUUCCGGAAUCAAUGGUCCCCACUUCAACUAUGAGGAGCUUGAGGUCAUCAAAUACAUAUCUCUUUGA